AUGACGCUUGAUGAUCAUGCACGUUUUGAAUGUAAGUUUUGUAUUUUACUUUAUCAAUGUACAUAUACAUAUGUAAAUAAUAUAGAUCUUGGCAAUACACCUUCACCGGAUGUACCAAAAUAUACAAUCAUAUUUCUAUCAAUAGUUGUAAAUAGUUUAAUUUUUUAUUUAUUACCAUCAAAAUUAACACCAUUACUUAAAAGUUAUGUUAUUUCAUCAAUUCAUGCAAUUAUAUGUGUUGGUAGUGUUAUAAAUUUUUUUGCACGUUAUUCAGUUAAUUUAAAACAAGUUAAUCGAAUAGCUGGCGGAGGAGUUUAUGGAACCGGUGAUGAAAUUAUGACUUAUAGUAUAUGUUAUUCAUUAGGUUAUUUUACAUAUGAUCUAUUAUUAAUGUUAUUUUAUAAAUCAGUAAGAACAACAGCAGCAUUAGCACAUCAUAUUAUAAUUCUUCUAGCAUUUUAUGCUGGUGCAAUAAAUGGAAUUUGUCAUCCGUGUCAUUUUUAUCUACUUGCUGAAGAAUUAUCAACAAUUCCAUUAAAUUUAAAAGCAUUAUAUCAUCAUCGUCCUCGUUUAUAUGCUAUUUUUGGAUAUUUAUUUAUCUUUACUUUUCUAGUAAGUCGUCUUGUUUAUGGAUCGAUUGUAUGUGGAUAUGCUUUUGGUGCUGCACCCGCUUUUUUUCAAAUGGCAUUUAAUGCAGGUGAUUUAACAAGUGUAACUUUUGGAUUAAUGCAAGGAAGUUUAUGUUUAUUAACAAGAGUACUUAAUAUUUAUUGGACGAUUUUAAUUCUACGAAAAAUAUUGCGUCCAUCAAAACCAAAGAAGAAAUCUUCAUAA